AUUUCCCAUCUGGCAACGCUGUUGGCGCUUGUCAAACACACACAAGAUGGCAGCUUUGGAAGACGAGUUUGAAGAUGCGCCUGAUGUGGAGCCUUUAGAACCAACGUUGAAGAAUAUCAUCGAGCAGAAAUCCUUAAAAUGGAUAUUUGUGGGGGGGAAAGGUGGUGUAGGUAAAACGACAUGUAGCUGUAGUUUGGCAGUCCAACUGGCUGCUGUCAGAGAGAGUGUUCUCAUAAUUUCUACUGAUCCUGCCCAUAACAUAUCUGACGCGUUCGACCAGAAAUUCUCAAAGGUGCCUACCAAAGUCAAGGGCUAUGAAAACCUCUUUGCUAUGGAAAUUGAUCCCAGCUUGGGUGUGGCAGAGCUACCUGAUGAGUUCUUCGAGGAAGACAACAUGCUCAGCAUGGGCAAAAAAAUGAUGCAGGAGGCCAUGAGUGCCUUCCCUGGCAUCGAUGAAGCAAUGAGCUAUGCAGAAGUCAUGAGGUUAGUGAAAGGAAUGAACUUCUCUGUGGUUGUCUUUGACACGGCUCCUACUGGCCACACACUGCGCCUGCUUAACUUUCCCACCAUUGUGGAACGAGGCCUUGGCCGACUCAUGCAAAUCAAGAACCAGAUCAGCCCAUUCAUCUCACAGAUGUGCAACAUGCUGGGCCUGGGUGACAUGAACGCAGACCAGCUGGCAUCCAAGCUUGAGGAGACUCUGCCGGUCAUCCGCUCAGUUAGCGAGCAGUUCAAAGAUCCUGAGCAGACCACUUUUAUCUGUGUGUGUAUCGCGGAGUUCCUGUCCCUGUAUGAGACCGAAAGGCUGAUCCAAGAACUGGCCAAGUGCCGCAUUGACACACACAACAUUAUUGUCAAUCAGCUUGUAUUCCCAGAUGGCGAGAGGCCAUGUAAGAUGUGUGAAGCACGGCACAAAAUUCAGUCCAAGUAUUUGGAUCAGAUGGAGGACCUGUAUGAAGAUUUCCACAUAGUGAAACUACCUUUGCUACCCCAUGAAGUUCGAGGUGCAGACAAGGUCAACACUUUCUCUAAGCAGCUUCUGGAACCCUACAAACCACCAAACAAGUAAUUCUCCUCGUCGCGGGACCAGACCCCCACCACUUUUAGAUCCCAAAGACCACGCCUCCCAACAGGUGUCUUACCCUUCAGUAAUACUCAACCCAUCAUGCAAGCUGGACCGUCCGAGACACACUUGCUUGGUGUUGUCACUUUCUAAUCCCCUCUGUAGCACUCGUAUCAUUACAAUUUAAAACAAUUAUUCCUUUCCUUCAGCCUGAGCAUCGUCCUCUGUUUCCAGUAGCAUUGUUCUCUUUCUAGAAUCCAACAGCUUUCAAAUGGCCCUGCCUGGAUUGUUGUGAGUGCUUUGUAUUUGUCUAACUCCCAAUUCUUGCAGCUUCAUUGUGGCCGCACAAAAUUAUGUCAUUCAUUUUUUUCAUAUUUUACUCAGUUCAGACGAUGCACAUCACAAGGAAGUGCAGAAUGGAGCAGGUUGAGGUGUUAUAACCUAUUGACCACAGUUAAUGGGAACUUCCAGUGUUCCAACAAGUUUUCCUUGUAUGAUUUAGAUGCCUUCUGGAUGUCAUUGCAAUGUAUCAAAAUAGCCGCAAGGGUUGUGGUAUUUCUUUGAAUAUUAAUAAACAUAAUAUGUAAAUAGUGAUUUUAAUGUCACAUAAAUCAGAUGGUGCCUUCUACCAUUUAAGGCAAUAUUGUGAACACUGUAGGUUCCCUUUAAUCCGUUCCAGACUUAAACCUUAACGCUUAACUCAACUUACUUAUUCAGGCCAGCAUGGUGAGAUUCAAUGGCCAUAUAUGAUGGAAAAUGCUAAAGGUAGUAGUCAAAAGCAAGUUUUGUUUACUUUUGCUGGGCUUGCAAAAUGAGGUCCAAUCCAAUAACUGUUGAAUAUUUUGUCUUUUGAGAACAUAAUGUCCAGCUUCUCAAAAGUGCAUGGAUAGUAUGGAUUGUAAGCCAAGCCUCUGAUUAUGGAUACUUAAGCAGCCAAUUAGUGCUAGUCCAGUCUAUAAAGUCAAACAUUUUCAGUGAAAAUUCAGUUUUCUAUGAACUUACUUUUAAAUGAUGCUGCAAGUGGUAAUUAAAUAAACUUACUUCAACUGAGA